AACUCGAUCAGAUCGACCAAACAUGGCUACCUCUCUUCAAUUUUGCUUCCUCUUCUCAACCUUGAUCCUCCUCACCUCCACCGCAUUUGCUCAGCAAUCUUUCCGACCCAAAGCCCUCGUCAUUCCGGUCACGAAAGACGCUUCUACCCUCCAGUACACCACUCGUAUUUCCCAACGAACCCCUCUCGUCCCCAUCAGCCUAGUCCUCGACCUCGGAGGCCAGUACCUCUGGGUAGACUGCGAGCAAAACUACGUGUCCUCCACGUACCGCCCUGCGCGUUGCCGCUCCGCUCAAUGCUCACUCGCCGGAGCAGACGGCUGCGGCGACUGCUUCUCAUCACCCAAACCUGGCUGCAACAACAACACUUGCGGCGUCUCACCUGACAACACCGUCACACGCACCGCCACCGGUGGUGAGAUUGCCCAAGACGUGGUGUCUGUACAGUCAACGACCGGGUCAAACCCCGGCCAAAACGUCACCGUUUCCAACUUCAUCUUUGCAUGUGCGCCGACGUUCUUGUUAGACGGCCUCGCCUCCGGAGUUUCGGGCAUGGCCGGUCUAGGAAGGACUAAGAUAGCACUCUCUUCGCAAUUCGCUUCGGCUUUCAGCUUCAAAAGAAAGUUCGCCGUCUGCUUAUCCUCCUCCACCUCCGCAAGCGGCGUCGCUUUCUUCGGCGACGGCCCGUACUCUUUCCUCCCCGGAGUCGAACUCGACUCUGACUCCCUCACAUACACUCCUCUCUUCAUCAACCCCGUCAGCACCGCCUCGGCUUUCUCCCAAGGUGACGCCUCGUCGGAAUACUUCAUUGGCGUGAAGUCUAUCAAAGUCAACGACAAAGCAGUCACUAUUAACACCACCUUGCUCUCCAUCAACACCACCUCCGGCGUGGGUGGGACCAAGAUCAGCACCGUGAACCCCUACACUGUUCUAGAAGCUUCCAUUUUCAAAGCCGUGACCGAAGCAUUCAUAACAGAGUCUGCGGCUAGGAAUAUAUCUAGAGUGAACGCCGUGGCUCCCUUCGAGGUGUGUUUCAGCACGGAGAACGUGUUGAGCACGCGUCUCGGGCCGUCGGUGCCGGAGAUCGACUUGGUGCUGCAGAAUGAGAGCACGUACUGGAGGAUAUUCGGGGCCAACUCGAUGGUGUACGUGAGCGACAACGUUGUUUGCCUAGGGUUUGUGAACGGCGGUGAGGAUGCAAGGACGUCGAUCGUGAUCGGCGGGCACCAGUUGGAGGACAAUCUUGUGCAGUUUGAUUUGGCGGCUUCGAGGGUUGGGUUCAGCUCGACUCUGUUGGGUAGACAAACUACUUGUUCCAACUUCAACUUCACCUCCGUUGCCUAGAUAAUGUUUUGUUGAUCGAUCACUUUACAUUUAUACAUACACGUUGAAUAAUAUACAUGUAGGAAUACGCUAUGUGUAUAGUUGUAAUAAAUGGCCAAUAGUGAAUUAGUGAUUGACAGAUGGCCCCUAUACGUUUUGUUUUGUUUGUAUUGAUCAUGUAUCACAUUUAUUUUUUCGAUUGCUUUUGUAUCACAUACACUUAUACAUAAAAAGAAAACUAUUGAUGUAGUC